GUUUUUAGAAAUUAGUUUUUAUAUUGAAUAAAGUUUAAAAAUUAAGCCUCAGGAGUUGAAAAUUAAUAUUAAUUAAUUACAAAGCUUCAACAAAAAAUAAUCUAAGCUACAUCGAAACCAGCAAUGUCAAAGUUCAUCCUAAUAUUCAUUACAAUCCUAAUAAAAUCAUGUUCAGCAGCUGACACCGUUAAUAUAACAUGUGAAUAUAAAAUAAUUCCAGCUGGUCUUGUUUACAUCGAAGGGCAGCAAUAUGAGUGCAAUUUGCAGAAUGACUUUCCAUAUAUUGAUGGUGAAAUCGAGGCAGUCAUUGGUGAUCAUAUUGUAGAAAAAUUUGAUACUGACGUGACUAUAUUGACCAUUAAUGAUAAGAAAAUAUUCGAAAUUCCCAAUUUGAGCACAGAUUUUACUGGAUUGAAGUACAUUAACAUCUUGAAGAGCUCAUUAAAAACUUUGAAGAGGGAAAAUAUUGCAAAUUUUAAAGAAAUUUUAGAGCAUUUAGUCAUUAGAAGUUCAAACAUUGAAAUCAUCAAGGAAAAUGUCUUUGAGGAUAUGAUUAAAUUAAUCACAAUUGAUCUUCGAAAUAAUAAAAUAUUUUACAUCGAAUUUAAUCAAUUUUCGAGCCUCACACUUUUGAAAAACUUUUUACUUGAGGGAAAUGAAUGUUUUGAUGCCCAAACUCAAGUUGACAUUAAGAAUAUUUUGAUAUCUGAUACUUUUGCUAUGGCUGAUUUCAUUGCUAAAAUAGAAACAUCCACAUGCGGUAUACUUGACACUGAAAAGUUAAUCAAUGUGUUUCAAGCUUCAAGAGAUAAUAAUGACUUAGAUGCUCACCAAGCAGAAGAGAACUUCAAUACACUGUUUGACACGUUAGGCUUAAGGAACGAUGAAAUUGAAAAACUAGAAAAUCAAUUAAUUGAAAGCGGCGACAACAUAACAGCACUGACUGAUAAAUACCAAAAUGCGACAGCCAAAAAUGAUGCUCUUAAGCUACAAAUCAAAGAACUAGAAGAAAAAUCCUCAGAACUUGAAGCUCAAGCUGAAAAAUGCAUAAAAAUCAAUGGAACUUGUAGAUUCGUAGCUGAUGAAACUUAUGGCUACUCAUGUGUUGCUCACAAUAUCAACAUUAAUGCAUCUGGCGAUGUCAUAAAUUGGUCUGGUGAACAUGUAAAAUCAUCAGGAAAUGCAAAUGUCACUGCAUUGAUUAUUCGAGACUUAGCUAUUCAUUUCAUGCCUAUUAAAAUUGGAGAUUCAUUUUCUAACCUCAAAAUUUUGAUGAUCCGUAAUUGUGGACUCAAAAAGCUGUCUAAAGAUGAUUUUAUUAUUCUUGAAGGAUUGAAGGAGAUUCAGAUUAAUGGAAAUGAAAUAACUUCAAUCGAUUCUGGUGUCUUUGAUGGACUCACGUCACUAGAAGUUUUAGAUCUUUCUGAAAAUAAGAUCAAGAUUUUGCCAUCAAAGAUUUUUGCGCUUUUAAAAACUUUAACUUCACUCAAUUUAAGCAACAACUUCUUCACAGCUUUAAGGUCAGAUUAUCUUCCAACAACUAAUGUUAUAAAUAGCUUCAUUGGUUGGAAUAAUAAGCUUGCGAUAGUAGAAAGUGCAUUUGUGUGGAGAUUAAGAAGUGCAACGUUGAUUGACUUCUCUGGAAAUGAUUGUAAUUUAAAAUUUGACAAAGAAGCUGGCGAUCAGUACAUUGCUUUUUACAAUUCUAUCUUGAAAAAGUGUUAAGCUUCCAACACUAGCUUCAUCAAUAAAAAAAAUCAAUAAAUAAAAACAAUAAAAAUUUUUGUCAAAUAAAAAAAAUAACAUUUAUUAACUUACUAGGUUUUUCGGGCUCGCGCGUGGCGCCUGUUAUCAAGGUUUAAAUUUAAUUACUAUUUUGUAAAUAACUGUAAGACGCAAAUAACAAUAAAGUUUUUAAGGUCAAUACUACCACAAAAUAUCACAUGGAUUCAUAAACCCCUCAAC